UAUCAUACGCCUCCCGCCACCAAACACCAGCCACCAUCGUUUGACUCACUCUGAACACAUUUUACAGUCUGGGUCGAACUUAAUUUAGUUGCUAGUGUUAUAAAUAGUGCUUGCAAUAAUACAAACAAUGCAAGGUUAAAAUGUUGCACUUUUGAUCAUGAAAAUCAUUGGUGAUUAUUUUAAAUAAACUUUUCCGAACUACGCCAUAGUGAAAUAUAGAAUUUCAUAACAUUAUGGAUGCAUGGUGACAAUUUCAAUAUUCUGACAAUCUUCGCAGAUAGUCAUAUCACAAUGUCAUUCACAUAUAACAACAUUAAUUAAUAACAACUUUUGGCAAUGUUUACAUUGUAAGUAAAUAUAAAAAACGUUAAAUCCACACGAAGAAAGUAAAUAAUUUUACAAUGAAAACAAUAAGUGUGAAACAACCAAUGAACUUGAAGGUAGUAAGGUUUGAACUGAACUUUGCGGCGCUAGGUUCAACACCAGCAAGUGCAGAGAAGAAACCGAAGGAUAUAAAGGUGCCUAGAGAAAUAAAAGUUAACAUCAAGAAGCAACGAAAUAUACCUUCACCGCCUGUUAUUCAGGAAACAAGAAAAGAGAAACGCGACGUAAAAGAUCUUAUUGAGGAAUUACUGGAAGAACUUUAUGCUGAUCAACGAGACUGGAGCAGCAACAGUGGCAUUGACUACUGUCGAGGGUCAACUUCAGCAGCGUCUAUAACUUCGUCGUUAUCAAAUUACUGCGAACAGACUGAUGCAAUUGAACGCAGCUAUUUGGAAGCAUUAGACGUCCAAGAGCUUCGCCAGCAGAAGUUACAAUGCGAAGAGAGGCUUCAAGUGGCGGGGGAGCGGCUGGCUCGUUGCGUGCGCGCACGGGAUCGCUUGCGUCGACAACAGAAACGACUGUGUGCUGCUUUCACAGUACUACUACGGCAUAUAACGGGCGAGAGUGGCGCGCGGUUCGGCGUGGCGCCUGGGGAGGGCCCAGGCGAGGGCGGGUACGCGGAGUGGCUGCAUGCUAUGCGCCUGGUCGCGCGCCUGCCCGCCGGGGUACCACAGCACUUCCGCAAGAAGCUAUGGCUGAAUUUGGCGGAGCGGCACCUGAACGCGCGAGGCAUCGACUGGCCGGCGGCCGAGCGCGCCUGUUUCCGAGGCACGGCCAUGCCCGAUGACGAAGAGCUUGGCGCGCAGAUCCUAAAGGAUUUACACCGCACUGGCUGCUCUUUAUUUUGUGGCACGGAAGGUCGGGAAAAUCAAGCAAUGCUGCGGAGGGUACUAUUAGCUUACGCGAGAUGGAACAAGGAUGUAGGUUAUUGCCAGGGGUUCAACAUGCUUGCGGCUAUAAUAUUAGAGGUCAUGGAGAAAUCAGAAUCUGAUUCUUUGAAGGUAAUGAUAUACCUGGUGGAAGCAGUGUUGCCCGAGGGCUACUUCGCAGACGACCUCCGAGGCCUGUCUGCAGAUAUGGCUGCCUUCAGGGACCUGCUGCGGUUGCGACUGCCGCGACUAGCUAAUCACAUGGACCAUUUGCAAAGGAUAUCUGAUGGUGGUGGAGUAGAACCUCCUUUGCCAGAUGUAUUCACGAUGCAGUGGUUCUUGACGCUGUACGCUACUUGGUUACCUCGGGAAUCCCUGCUGAGGAUAUGGGAUCUGAUACUGCUUGAUGGCAAUGAAGUCCUGCUUCUCACUGCACUCGCUAUUUGGGAUAUGCUCCAAGAUCGGAUCUUGUCCGCGCGUUCGGCAGACGAGUUCUACAGCUGUAUGGGCGGAGGCGUCGGUGCGGUAUGGGAGGCUGGAGAGACCCUGGUAGCGAGAGUUGUUGCCUUUGGAUCAGCGCCUGAGCUGCCAAGACUGCGCAGCCUACAUCGCUACAGAGUCGCACCCCCCGCGCCCCCCGCCGCGCCUCCUGUCUGCCAGCCUCCUUUACAUUCUACGAUGCAGUCAAUGACAAAAAGAGGUUUGCGGCUUUUUUAUUCUGAAGACGAGGGGGAUUCUAGUGACGAUGGCAAUAAACUGGCUUUGGCUACGAUCAUACCAAGACGCGAAGAUCGUUCGGGUACUGGAGACCGACUAUCAUUGGAUAUAGGAGCCUUAAAGCGGCAGUAUGCUAGGCUAAGGGAAAGACAAAGACAAGCCCACGUUAUUUUAGCGGCUGCUUGUGCCCGACAUGCUGCAGUUGGAGUUUCUACUUCACCAACAUCACUUACAGUCAACAAUCUACUAUUGGGAAAAAGUGCAAUAGUAAGUUCCCGCGGCAGGAGACUCGGUCCGCCGCCUGGAGCCAUUCCACCAUCACGACAUACAACACCCACAUCUCGUGACAAGACUGAACAUCGAUCACACGGGAAAACUAGCGACACAAUAAGUUGGAAAGAGGAAAAAAACCGAAAAUCAUUAAGCAGAAGGAAUUCAGUGAAGUGGAAAGACAUAAAGAACGAUAAAGUUGAAAAAUGUCGAAAGACAUCAAUUGAUUUAGACGAAGCCGGUGAUGGUGUAAUCGUUUCUGAACUUGAAGCCAAUCAAAUGAUUGCUUCUUUACGAAGAUCUCGAAGUUCAAGUGAAACGUCAUCUUACUCAUCUCAUUCUGCUUCUAGUACCGACACCAGUCUUUGCGAUGAAAAUGAGCGUGGAACUGAUUCCGAGCAGGAAUUAGAUGACGAUAAAGACAAGGUUCUGAGUUCUAAAGAAAGCAAACCGAUAAUACCUCCUAUUUCCAAAGAAUUGAAAAAAGUUCAUUCACCUGUUAUUAUAGAGCCACCAAAACCACCUUCCCCCGAUCUAUUAACUAAUAAAAUUGCCACUGAGAGCUCUGUUCAAGAUAUUUCUGAAUAUUUAGACACUGCUGCUGGCGAACCUUUACGUACUUAUAUUGAUGGAUUUGAAACAAAGUUAAAAGACGUUCUAAAUGUUAGUGGGACGACUGAUAGUUACAACCCCAUCAGUCCUUUUAAGAAUAUAUCUCCGUUUAGUUCACCACGCAUAACUACCGAAACUGAAGUUAUUCAAAGGUUAAGCAGAACAAGGUAUGAAGAUGGAUCUAAAAGCAGCGAUUCCAUUAGACCGACAAGCCUGCCAAGUACUAAAGCUAUUACUGAUCUGAGUCCACUCAAUUUAUCACCUUGUACGUAUAACCUGUGUCAGAAAUCUCCAUACGAUUUAAGCUUCACUUCUAACUUUAAACAGCCAUCACCUUCUAAAGCAGAUUUAAUUUUAAGACCUCCUGAUAUUAUUGACAGUUUAACAAUGUAUCCAAAUUUUGUGCCUGAUAUAGAUUUAUCAGAAAAAAAUGUGUCUGAUAUAGAUAGUCCGCCCCAGAGCCCGGGCGCUGAGAGCAUAAUUGUAAGUGAAGAUGAACCUCCUAUACCUUUAAAAAUUGAUAAGUACUUUGAACAUAGCCCCGAAUUUUUUGGCGCAAGAGUUACAGAUCCUAAUAGUUCAAAUAUUCCAAAUCGAAGAGCGACAAAAAGAAAUUCAAGAAUACCUAAAAAACCAGAUUCAUUGACAUUACAAAGUAGCUAUAAUGAAAAGAUUAUGAAAGAUGAAACGGAACGAGCGUCGUCGUUGCCUCAAAGUCACAGCUUUACCAAAUCUAUUAGUUCCAGUCCUAUAAAUUUAGAGCGAGAUGAUUUUCAUACAAGUAUAAUUCGAUCAGACCAAAAUGAUCAAUCUAAAAUCAAAGAAUCUCCUAAAGUUAUGAAACAACAAACCCCUGAUAAGGUAAAAGACUAUUCUGAAAUAAUAUCACCUAAAGAUUAUAUUUUAAGAUCAGGUAGAAAAAAUAGUGAAAGAGCAUUGCAAAUAAUACAAGAAAACUCUAAAAUAUUGAGUAGAAUCCUAACUAAACAAAAUAUUACUGAAGUACCCGCCGUAAGCGAGACUGUAAAAGAUAUUAAAAAAACUGAAAGCUUCAGUGACACCCGCCGUAGUAUAAUAAGUGAUAGUACUCCUGAAAAACCCAUUGCAGCUAGAUUAAUGGAUUCGCCAUUAUUAAAAGAGUCGACUUCUGAUUCAUUAAUAGGUUACCGAAAAAGGAACAGCAGUGUUACAGAUGAAUCCAGUGACAAAAAUGACUUUGUAAGGGUUAGACCAAUUUCUAUAGAUGAUCCUUUUUCGUUAGAAGUACGUUCUAAUACAACUAAGGAUGACGAAUUUAAUGUUAAAAAUACCAAAACGCCUAGCAUAGAAUGUUUGGGUAACAAAACCGAUCUGUAUGGGUGGGAAAAUAAAGGCUUUCUUGCAAAAUACGAUUUUAAAUCAAACGUGUCGGAAAAACCAAGCAGUACAGAAUUCAAUUACAAAAGAAAAACUUGUGAUUUUUCUACUCAAGAUAUUGGUGCAUCUACUAAUGAAUUUAAACUUAUAGCCCCAUCAGAUUGGACUCGGCAUUCUUUUUCAGGGGAAUCGAAGACUUCAGUUACUUUGCCUUCCACCGAACCGAAAGAUACUAACUCGUAUGAUCGCAAAUAUACUUCUGAUGAUUAUAAUUAUCCGUUUUCAAGUAAAUAUAAUGAUUAUGUUCUAUCGAAAGCAAGCGACAUUUGUAGCAAAACGGUUGAUCAAGGCCCGAAGAUUUGUGAAAAUUUAUCAAAGACUGACAACAGCCAAGUUAGUGAUUUUGCUCACGUAGUGACUUCCUCUAUUAGUUUUACCUAUGAACCUUCGGCCGAGGAUGAUUCACCUAUAGGGGCAAAAAGUAAUUCUAGUGAUACGUUGUGUCAAAUAACGUCGCUUGAUCAGGUAUCCACCCCGAUAUCGCCUAAGAUAUUUUUUAAAGAAACUCCUACGCUUCCAAAAGAAUACACAGAUAAAAGUGAAAAGACUAUACUAGAGUCAGAUGACACUUGCAGUGCAAUAACAUCUCUUAUUGAAACAGAUACCUUGUCUUCAUUGUCAUACCCUAGAAGCCCGUCGACUGGCUCGUACCAUCCGUUCCCCACACGCCCACUGAGGAUGCCCAAAGAACUUGGUGUUAGACUAGGCAUGUACCCAAAAGACGCCAUCAGUUCACCUCCAAAAUAAUCGAGAGAGUAGCUUAAGACAUUUUCUAUUUCUAAAUUACUUUAUUAAGAAUCAUUUUGUUGUGUGUUAUUAAUUUUUAGAUAAUUUUGUGCUUUAAAUAUAGGUAAUGUUUAGAUUUAACUUUACUUUGGAAUUCUAUUUUACAAUUGUUCUGCGAUUUCUUAAUAAAGUAAAAUCAUUUUAAAAUGAUUACAAAUAAUUGCAAUAUGAAAAAAAAUGUUAUUAAACGAAUACUACGUAUUCACCUAAAUAGAUAAAUUCGUGCUUUAGUAAGAUUUAUAGCUACGAUUAGAAUACGAGAAGUUUUGGCGAGUUGUUCGUUUUGUAUUCGUGAAGGACAUACAACUACUAAGCUGUGAGAAAAAAAUAUUUAUUCCAUAAUAUUAUAUUUUAUGCUAGGAACAAACAAACACGUUGCCUUGAAUCCAU